CUCUCUCCCGCCCUUCCUCCCUCCAGCCGCCCUCCUCCCCGCCCGCCGCCGUCUCCGCUCCGUGCCGGCUGUGGGUGCUGAAGUUGGGCGGAUGGCAACAGCCCUGCUCCGCUAGAGACGAAUCGCCGCAGCCCUUCUCGGGAUCGCUGAGCGCCAACUGCACGCAGCCGGGCGGGGGUGGCCGCUUGGGCACUGAAGUAGCUGAAAUGAGAAAGAGGCAGCAGACACAAAAUGAAGGAACAUCAGCUGUGUCUCAAGCACCUGGAAACCAAAGGCCCAACAACACAUGUUGCUUUUGUUGGUGCUGUUGCUGCAGCUGUUCAUGCCUCACUGUUAGGAAUGAAGAUAGAGGAGACAAUGCAGGAAGGCCAACACAUACAACCAAAAUGGAAAGCAUCCAAGUUAUUGAAGAAUGCCAAAACCCUACUGCAGAUGAAAUUUUGUCUUGGGCUCAGAAUUUUGACAAGAUGAUGAAAACACCAGCUGGGAGGAACCUUUUUAGAGAGUUUCUUCGAACAGAGUAUAGUGAAGAGAACCUGCUUUUCUGGCUUGCAUGUGAAGAUCUAAAGAAGGAACAGAACAAGAAAGUUAUUGAAGAAAAAGCAAGACUUAUAUAUGAAGAUUACAUUUCUAUACUUUCACCAAAAGAGGUUAGUCUUGACUCCCGGGUGAGAGAAGUGAUCAACAGAAACUUGCUGGAUCCCAGUCCUCAUAUGUAUGAAGAUGCCCAACUCCAGAUAUACACCUUAAUGCAUAGAGACUCUUUCCCAAGGUUCUUGAACUCUCAAAUUUAUAAGUCUCUUGUUGAAAGUAUUACAGGCUCUACUUCUGAAACUUAGUUUUAAUUUUAAUUUUAAAAUAAAAUAACUUGAUCUUUUCGGGGGUGGGCGGGACAGAAGAAAAGUAGUUUAUUAACAUCUGGAGCUGGGUUCCUGGAGAACUACACUUUAGCUCUACUCAGGCUACUGUGAAGAAAACAAAUACAUACUAUGGUCUCUGUCUACGUUUUUACCAAGGUCCUCCUUGCCUGAAAUAGCAUGGGAGGCAAACAACAGAUUUGCCAAAAUACAUUUGUUUCACAACCCUUUCACCCAACUGCAGUCAAGAUUGCAAUGAUGUAUUUGUAGUUUUAUGAACAGUCUCCUUGUGUAUCCUCACACUGCAUGUGCAAGGUAAAACUGCUUCACUUACCACUUAGUUGUUGCAAUAUUUAAUCCAAUAACGUAAAUUAUAUCUGUAUUUAAGAACUUUUUUGUGCAAUACAGUCUAAUGGUACAUAGAAACAACUGCAGCAAACCAGAAAGAGGCUUGCAUUUUUUAACAUCACUAACUGAAAAAAGCCAAUUUUUAAGGUGUAGCAUUACUCAACAUGCUCUACUGAGUACAAUACACUGACUUUUCGAAGCCAAUAUUUCUGUAUAGAAAAAGAAAGAGCUAUUUAUCACUGUUUAUUUAAAAUAAAUCACAUGGAGGAUUCCUCUGGUUGUUCACUGCCAAAACUGUGGCAUUUUCAUUACAGAGUUUGCAAUGUCAAAAAAAAAAAAAAAAAAAAAAAAAAAAGCACAAACCACUAAAAGGGAUCCGUAUCUGGGUGACACAAUCUAUGCGCUGAUAUUGUUUAAUUGUUAAAAGAACAAAGAUUUUCAAUGUACAUUUCAGAUGUCAGAUACUGUAAUUGAUUUAUUAAAGACUGGCUAUCCAGUUCUAACACUGUUGUAUAAUGUUAUGUACUUCAGCAAAAAAAAAAAAAAAAGAAAAAAGAAAAAAGAAAACAAAAAGAACAAACACAGAAAGCUUGAUAAUUUAGUUUUUUUUUUUUAAUAAAGAAAUUUAAUAAAAAAUUGCCUACAUGUAGCAUUUUAGAGCAUUUUAGAACAUUUUGAUGAAUUGCAUUUGUCCUGUAAGAUUCUUUUUUUCUUUCUUUCUUUUUUUUUUUUUUAAGGCUAAAUCCAGUCAAAAAAUGUUUUUAAGCAAAGUAAUGUUUUACAAGGUGGUCGGUUAAAGAAGACUUAGCUUCUGGCCUCAUUGAUUUUCCUUGAGAACAAGGAGUUUGGAAUAUAAUAUUAAACCAAAUUUCAAGGGCUCCUAAAUCUGCAGUUCUUACCCAAGCAAAAUGCCUACUGAAACUCAAUGGGUAUCUUUCCUGGGUAGAGAGUCCUGUAUUGAGCCCUAAAUGAGAGCUAAUGCAGCGCAGUUCUCCAAUCACUUUUCUGCUAUGGUGGUUUUAGUGUUUGCUUGGCCUUUUUAUCCAAAAAUGUCCAAUUUUAGGAUGCAUUUUGAUGUUUAAAGAGAGAGUGACUUGGAACUUAAAAAAACCAACAUCGUCAUACCUACCAUAUAUGAGACAAAUGAGUGUUCACAUCCCUCACAAACUGCUAAAGAUAAACCAUGAGAUUGUUUUGAACGCUAGUUAAAUAUAUAUAUGUAUGUAUGUUUGUAUAUAUAUAUAUUUAACACUGUCAGCUCUGGUCUUGUACUAAUACUUUAGAGGCAAGGUUCUUCUCACUUUCCUAGGACUAAACACAACAUACUCCCAUUGCUUUUGAUGGGUCCAAAAGGUCUUACAGUUGUGUAACUAAGUGGAAUCUAGCCCCAGCAAACUUGGCUCCAACCAGCAAGCUACUCCUUGGUGCCAGCUCUUGCUGAAAUCGCUGCUACCGAGGCUGCUCUGGCUCUACACAGUAGCUGGUAGGAAACAGGUGUUAGUUUAUUUCCUGGGGCUUAUUUUUUCCUUUAUUUUACUACCUCUCUCUCUCUCUCUUUUUUUUCCUCUUAAUUUAUUGAACAUGCUUCAAAUAGCAAGUUGGGGAAUUUUUUAGUCAUUCUUUUUACUUGAAACCUGUGUACUUUUUUUGGAUAUAUAAGAACAAUUUAACAAACUGUUUCUUAAACUCAUUUGGUUUUGUAAUUUAUAUAGAAUUCAGGAGAUGAUUAAAAGGGCUAUUCUCUAUUCCCUAUGCAACUAUUUUAACUGUUGUAGUGUUUGACAGAAUGGGAUCUAAAAAAAAAAAAUCUACAAAGUGGAAAACAAAUCUGUUUACAGUGGCGUUGCUGACUAUCCUACCAUAUUCAGCACUUUUAAAUAUUGUUAUUUAUGAAAAAUGUAGUUUAAAAUGCAAGACAAAGUAUUUAUAAAUGUUUCUUUUAAUAAAUAACUGUUUUGUCUGAAAGUGUUAUUGUGUUAUGACAACUUUAUUCAUGUUGGUUAGUUACUUACCAUUAUGAAUAAAAUAUUCAAUUAUUAUACUGAUAGAGUAAUAGCUAUGAUGUUUACAAAUCCUGAGGGGGGAGAAGUCAGUGAGAAAGGACUGCCUCCUUCUACUGUGAAAUACUGUUAGAAGAAUGAUUUUUUCUGGCUUUUUUUCUUAACUGGAAUUUAACUAUGGUCCUACAUAUGUCUAGUAUCAUUUAAUACCAGUUAUAUUUACUAUGAUACUAAACAUAUACAGCAUCAUAUAUGUAUAUACUUACAUAGUGUAAUUUCAAGUUGGUUGGUGUUUGAGGCACAAACAUUUGGUUCACACAUCUAAACAAUGUGUAAGACAAAACUGCAUGCAAAAGCCUUUACGAAUGUAGACUUACAUAUUCUUAAUGUUACUAUUUGAUGGUGACCUGCUAGUCAUAAUCUAUCUUUAUAAGAUAUUUCACAUAGGGUAGAAGUUCUUGUCAGAAAAGACAAGUCAUCCUUUCAAGGACAUUUUUAAAGCUAACUGUGUGGGCCCUAAAAUAUUACCUGGAUUUCUAGCUAAAGGUUCCAAAACCUGUAUUUGGAAACUGUUACAUCAUUUUGACAAAUAUUACACCAGUCUUCAGUGUAAUACUGCAAUGAAAUCACGUUCAAAAUUUCUUGUCUUAAAUCCUCUAUUUGGAGGGGUUUAUAAACUGAACAUAACUUGUAUGAAGUUUCUUUCUUGGAGCAAAUGCUCAUAUUAAAAUGAUUAAUAGACAUUUCAUCUAUCAGUUUGGGUUUCCCAAAAUUUUAUGAAAAAAUGAAUAUAGUCCGAAUGGACAACAACUUGUGCCAUAACAUGAUCUCAUUGCCUGUCAUGCAGUUCUUUGAACACAAAAUGUAAAACAGUCAAGCUAUUAAACUGAUUAAUUGUGCAUGCAGUGUACAAUACACUUUGAAAAACUGCCUAAAUACACUUAUUCUAUA